AUGGAGGGCAAGUUUCACGUGCCCACUCCAAAAACCAAAAGUGUUGUUGGGGCGAGCUCUGACAUUGCCAUCGUCCAUGGCGAAAACAAAAUUGUUGUUCAUGAUAAUAAUAAUAAUGACUUUUUUGAAUUCCCUCCCGGGUAUCGGUUUUGCCCCUUGGACGAAGAGCUCAUCCGUUGUUACCUGCAACUGAAGGUCCUGAACGAGCCUUUACCUCCCAACAAAAUUCACGAGGUUAACCUCUACAAGUUUAGCCCGUGGGAGCUCUCAGUGAUGUACACGAGUAUUGGAGAAAAAGAAUGGUAUUUCUUCACGCCAAGAGACCGGAAGUAUAAGAAUGGGCAGAGGCCGAACCGGGCUGCUGGGAGUGGGUUUUGGAAAGCCACGGGUGCCGAUAAACCCAUCAAGAACAAACAGAAGGUGGUGGUGGGGUAUAGGAAGGCUUUGGUGUUCUAUGAAGGGAGGCCUCCGAAGGGUGAUAAGACGAAUUGGAUCAUGCACGAAUACCGGGUGGAGGGGGCUCCAUCCCCGAGACCCCAAGCCGGAGAUGCCAACGACAUGAGGCUCGAUGAUUGGGUUCUGUGCCGGAUCUACGAGAAAGGCGCCGGGAAGUUGCCGUCAAAAUCUUCGCCAAAAACUUCGCCUGCACCGAAAACCCAGGCGGUUUUGGAGCCGGUGGCGGCAGAGCAGCCACCGGUGGUCUCAGCUGCGCCGCCACAGAUUGAACAAGGGAUGGUAAUUCACGAUGAGGCGGUUCCACAAUUCUCCUACUUACCUGACCUGCAGGAUAAUGAAUUAAUGGCGUCGUCCUUCUAUUUAUAUCCUAUGGGGUUUGAUGAUGCCUUUGCCAAUGAGCCCUUCCCUGUAGGAAUGGGGAGCCUUUACAUUACUGACAAUGAUAGAUGUUCAAAUCAAGACUUCAUGGAAUAA